AUGGAUUCUUCCAGUUCAUCCAACUCUUGUUUCUCCGUUGGCUCCACCAGUCCCGGCGCUGUCUUGCUCCUCUACUCGAAGGAGCGCAAAAAGUGGGAUGAGUUUGAAGAUAUUUUGGAGGAGAGGAGGCAUGUCAGUGACUUGAAAUUUGCAAUGAAAUGCUACACACCUCUAGUCUAUAAGGGAAUUACUCCUUGCAAGCCAAGUGACAUUAAAUACAGUGUUCUCAAUUCUGAAGAGGUUCAUUAUGUCAUUAAACAGCUUUGCAGGGAAUCCCUCCAGUCUGUGGAGGUCCUCCAAGAAGAGGCCUGUGAGAUCCUCGAUGAGAUGAGCCACAAACUGCAUCUGGGAGCCAUUCGGUUUUUCGCCUUUGCCCUGAGCAAAAUAUUUAAACAGAUUUUCUCGAAAGUGUGUGUAAAUGAAGAAGGUAUUCAGAAACUACAGCGGGCCAUCCAGGAACAUCCCGUUGUUCUGCUGCCCAGUCAUAGAAGUUACAUUGACUUCCUGAUGCUGUCUUUCCUUUUAUACAACUACGAAUUACCUGUGCCGGUCAUAGCUGCAGGAAUGGACUUCCUGGGAAUGAAAAUGGUCAGUGAGCUGCUGCGCAGGUCAGGGGCCUUUUUCAUGCGGCGCACCUUUGGUGGCAAUAGACUCUACUGGGCCGUGUUCUCUGAAUACGUGAAAACUAUGUUACGGAAUGGUUAUGCUCCUGUUGAAUUUUUCCUCGAAGGGACAAGAAGCCGCUCUGCCAAGACAUUGACUCCUAAAUUUGGUCUUCUGAAUAUUGUGAUGGAACCAUUUUUUAAAAGAGAAGUUUUUGAUACCUACCUUGUCCCAAUCAGCAUCAGUUAUGAUAGGAUCUUGGAAGAAACUCUAUAUGCAUAUGAGCUUCUAGGGGUCCCUAAGCCAAAAGAGUCUACAACUGGAUUGUUGAAAGCCAGAAGGAUUCUCUCUGAAAAGUUUGGAAAUGUUCACAUAUACUUUGGAGACCCUGUGUCACUUCGGUCUCUGGCAGCUGGGAGGAUGAGCCGGAGCCCGUACAACCUGGUGCCCAGAUAUAUUCCUCAGAAACAGUCAGAAGACAUGCAUGCCUUUGUCACUGAAGUGGCCUACAAAAUGCAGCUUCUGCAGAUUCAGAACCUGGUUCUCAACCCAUGGCCACUAAUAGUUGCUGUUCUGCUUCAGAACCGGCCAUCCAUGGACUUUGAUGCUCUGGUAGAGAAGACAUUAUGGCUGAAAGGCUUAGCCCAGGCCUUUGGGGGCUUUGUCACUUGGCCUGACAGUGAACCUGCUGAGGAAGUUGUCCAGUCCAGCAUCCUUCUGCACUCCAACAUUGUCAGCCUCCUCAGAGACCAGGUGGCUCUGAAAGUGGACUCUGGAGCCACAGACGUGGUCGAUGGACUGAUUUUCCAGCAUGUCACCCUCCUCAUGUGCUCGGCUUACAGGAACCAGUUGCUCAACGUCUUUGUCCGACCUUCUUUAGUGGCCGUGGCACUGCAGAUGACACCCGGGUUCCGUAAAGAGGAUGUCUACAGUUGCUUUCGCUUCCUAUGCAGCGUGUUUUCAGAUGAGUUCAUCUUUCUGCCAGGAAAUGCACUGAAGGAUUUUGAAGAAGGCUGUUACCUGCUUUCUAAAAGUGAGGCCAUAGAAGUGACGACAAGGGACAUCCUAGUUACAGAAAAAGGAAACGCUUUGUUAGAAUUUUUAAUAGGUCUCUUUAAACCUUUUGUGGAAUCUUAUCAGAUAAUUUGCAAAUACCUCUUGAACGAAGAAGAAGACUCCUUCACUGAGAAACAGUACCUGGUGAAAGUUAGGAAAUUCACUAGUCAGCUUCUCGAUCACGGCACCUCGCAAUGUUACGAUGUAUUAUCUUCUGACGUGCAGAAGAACGCCUUAGCGGCAUUUGUGCGGCUCGGUGUGGUGGACAAGAAGAAGGUAAAUAGUGAUACUGUAUUUAAUGUGAAUGAACCUGCCGCAACAAAGUUAGAAGAAAUGCUUGGCUGUAAGACACCCAUAGGAAAACCAGUAACUGCAAAGCUUUAA